AUGGAGAUAAAUUAAAACAAAUGGUUUUAUAUUAUUUCCAUUCUCAGAAUUUCAAAUAGUGUUAUUGAAAUUUAUAAUGCUAAGUUUAUAAUAAAAUUGACAUAAGAAUUUUUCACUGUAUCAUAAUGUUUGACGAUUAGUCAAUGUACAAUGUAAUCCAUUAACAAUUAGAUUUAGAUUAUUUAGAUUAUUCCCAUUUAAAUUAUGCAAUUGCAUAAACAAUUAGUUAUUACACAGUACCAAAAAGAUUUAAAAAUAUUAGCAAUUUCAUAUUGUUUUUAAACAUGCUUCCAUAUCCUAAUUUGA